UUCGCUUCCUCUCGUCUCGGGCCGGCUGACGUCACACGCGCCGCCCGAGGCCGUGACGUAGAAUCUCCGCGCAAAACAGACGAAGGUGACGGGGUCGGCUAGUAUUGCUAAGUGGGGGACCCCGGCUUCCCGUCGGCGCUAUGUUGGCGGCUCGGCCUCUGGUGCUCCGCGGAGCCUGCGCUCAGGCGCGUCUCCUUUCCGCCGCUGCAGCUCCGGAGUCGGUGAGUUCUUUCCCCUUCCCUCCGACGGGCUGCGGGGGAGAAAGAGGAGCGCAGACACUGCAGGUGAAGGGGCGGGGAGGAGCCGCGAAGAACAGGUCUUGACAGGUCAGCUGCCGCUUCUUGUUCGCUGUAAGGGCUGAGAGUUGCCGUGCCUCGAUUCGGAGCGGGGCUUCAGUUUCUCCUUUUUUUCUGCUAGUCUCUCCCCUCCCCUCCACUCCCAUUCCCCCCCCCCAAGGUUUAGGAUGGGCUCCGGGAUGGCAAAUUUAUCAGGAUUCAGUCAUUUCUCUCUUUCUUGCACAGGCACCUCCCAAAAAAACACAGUUUGGGCCCCUCAAGGAUGAGGAUCGCAUCUUCACGAAUCUUUAUGGGCGCCAUGAGUGGAGGUGAGAACUGAGAAAUUGGGUGGUGUGUGUUGCAUAAUGAUGAAAGAGGAUUAAGGUGGGGCCGUCAGUUUUUAACUUAGUGGAGGAAAGCCAGCACAAAGGGGGGGGGGUGUGAUUAAGUUGGAAAGUUUGCAGGUUGUUGUUGCUUUUAACUGGUAAAUUAACUUUUGAUUGGAUGCCAAAAGGAUUUUCCAACAGAGCUGCCACAUUGUGACUAGGUAUUUCUCUAGAGCAGGCAUGUCAAUCACGAUCUACUGGUCGAUUGCGGGAUGUUCCUGGUCAAUCUAGAUCGCAGUCUCUUGGGAGCUGGACAUGCCUGCUAUAGAGGAUAUGCUUUGCUGAAGUACUGUACAAAUUAAUAUUAUAAUUCCAGGUUUCUCUACUUAUGUGUUCUGUAUACAGGGUCAAGGCUGAUGAUAUAGUCCUCUGAUGUUAAUGUGUAUGCAAAAUGGAAUUAUUUUGGAUAGCUGUUGUUACCCAGUGCUUUUGUCGUUUCUAGGUUGAAAGGGGCUUUGAGCCGAGGUGACUGGUAUAAAACCAAGGAAAUCCUGCUGAAGGGUGUUGAUUGGAUCUUGAAUGAGAUAAAGACUUCAGGUCUGAGAGGCCGUGGGGGGGCUGGUUUCCCCACUGGUCUUAAGUGGAGCUUCAUGAAUAAACCCCCAGAUGGCAGGUGUGUUACAAACUAAAGGCUGAUUUUGUACUCAGUACCAUGCAUUUCUGCUGAUGGAGGAACUUGCUCUGGAACAGUGGCAAUUGUUUCCACGGUUAUCUCAAAAACAGCUUUGUGCUUUCAAGGGUUAUUAUCCAUGCUGGUGUUGGGAAUCAGAACUUGGGACUCCUAGCUUCCAGUUCUGUCUCACACCUUCCAAAUAGUGUGUCUUAGUUGCUGGGAAUGCCCACUUUGGAGUCAUUUGAGCCUUUGAUUUCAAAAGUUACGUUAUCUAGAGAGCCUGACUCUGCAAAGCAGCAGAUGCCAAAGAUCAACUCUGGACUUCCAAUUCUUGACCACUAAAGAACAGCUACUGUAUUUUGUACAGAGCCAGUUUAGCACAUUGGGUGGAAUUCUGCACACGGACAUAGGAACUUCAGCUUUAAGCAUCACUUCAGUAGCUGGUCCUGUUCAGAAAGUCACUAUUUGCCUUCUUAACCUUCCUCACUGGGUGGUUAUGAGGCUAAAACAUUUUUCUUGGUUUCUGACAGAUGGGCAGGGUACAAAUGUCACAAUAAAUAAAAUAUAUUAAGUGCAUGCACCUAAAUAUUCCCCGUUUUCCUCAGGUGAAUUACUUGAGGUUAAGACCUUAAACUUCUGCCCGCUGUCUGUGUCAGCACUGGGAACUGGAUACAGAGUUUGUCUGAUUAAUUAUCUGUCUGUGUAGUAUUUAGUUUGAAGCAAAAUAGAUUUUUUAGUCUUGAACAAAGGCUUACGCAGAGUAUACUCAUUGAAAUUAAUGGACCUAAACUCAAGUCAUGUUCAUGACUUUCAAUCGGCCUGCUUCUGAGUAAGACUUAGUUGAAUAUCAACCAUUGGCUGGUGUAUUGAUUGCAAUAGAAAAUAUACUUCCUGAUGAAUGUGUUUUCCUGGGAUUCUUAAUUUUUGCCGACAGGCAAAUUCUCCCUGUGUUUCAGACCCAAGUACUUGGUGGUGAAUGCAGAUGAGGGGGAGCCAGGAACCUGUAAGGACAGAGAGAUCAUGCGUCAUGACCCCCAUAAACUGGUGGAGGGCUGCCUAGUUGCAGGGAGAGCUAUGGGAGCCCGAGCUGCCUACAUUUAUAUUCGCGGAGAAUUCUAUAACGAGGCCUCAAACUUGCAGGUGAGCUGCUACUCUUACCACUGUGCAGUUGUGAGCAGGGUUCUUGUUUUCCCUUGCAAGAACUGCUAUGAGAAGUGAGCGAGUUGAUUUCCCCCCUUAGCCUUUUGCAUCUUGUGUGCCUGCUUGUAUUUUUUGUGUUGAAAACCAAGGAGGCCACUUUUUAGCGAUGGGUCUUAGCUUACUCUUGCUGUCUCAUUAGGUGGCAAUCAGGGAGGCCUAUGAAGCCGGAUUGGUGGGCAAGGAUGCUUGUGGCUCUGGCUAUGACUUCGAUGUCUUUGUGGUAAGAGGAGCAGGUGCCUACAUCUGUGGCGAGGAGACAGCACUUAUCGAAUCCAUUGAGGGCAAGCAGGGCAAGCCACGCCUCAAGCCUCCCUUCCCAGCUGACGUGGGUAUGACAACUUAAAUGCUCCUUCUGUGGUGGAUGGUGUAGAUUUGGUGCCCAACCUUGCUGUCAAAUUCUUAUCUCUGUCAACAUAUAUCUGCCACCCCAGCUCCUUUGGGGGCCUUUGCUGUGUCUCUCCUUUGCACAUAACAUUUCCGGGUGUGACAAACUAUGUGCUUUAGCUCAGUGGUUAUUAACCUUCUGUGGCUUACAGGCUCCUUUGAGAAUCCGAUGAAAGCUAUACCCCCCUCCCACAUGCACAUAAAAUUUUUCAUACGAUUAAUUUUAUUGCCGUGGGGGUGGUUCUUUUGUGCCUGGUUUAUGGAACCCCCUCGAGGUCUUUGGACCCCAUGUUAAGAACCCCUGUUCCAGCUGAAAUAACUAAGUUACCUUUAUCUUGCUGGAUCCCCCCCCCCCCCCGCCUUUAAGUAUCAUUAUUUAUAUAUUAGAUUUAUCUACCACCCUUUAUCACAAGAUCUCAGGGCGGUUCAUAAUAUAAAAAUACAAGGUAAAAGCACAAAAAUAGUUAAAACAAAAACAACAAAAUAAUAAUCCCCUCUUUCCCCCCCCCUGCAUUUUAUGAAUGCAGCCCCUGCCACCUGGCUGUUCAUCUGAAUCUCUAGUACCAAUCACUUUCCUUUCCCAUUUUCUCUCCCCAGUAGCUAGUUUGAAAAGAUUUUUAAAGUCCGUUUUCCCCAUUCUGUUUUUAGGAGUGUUUGGUUGCCCUACUACAGUGGCAAAUGUGGAAACUGUCGCUGUGGCACCCACCAUCUGCCGUCGAGGAGGUACCUGGUUUGCCGGCUUUGGACGUGAGCGCAACUCUGGAACCAAACUCUUCAAUAUCUCAGGCCAUGUCAACACACCCUGUACUGUAGAAGAGGAGAUGUCAAUACCUCUACGUGAUCUGAUUGAACGACACGCAGGUGAGAACCAACAGUUCUUAACUUGCCAUAAGGAAGAAGCUAUCAGCUUCUUUCAAAUAACUUGUAUUAUUGGGGAAGCCUUGUGUCCCCUGUUGCUGAGGUGGGCAUCCAUGGACCCACACCUGAUUGUCUCUUGCCUUCUAACCAGGUGGUGUUAGAGGUGGCUGGGAUAACCUGCUUGCUGUAAUUCCUGGAGGGUCAUCCACCCCCCUCAUCCCCAAGUCAGUGUGUGAGACGGUGCCGAUGGACUUUGAUGGGUUGGUGCAGGCACAGACUGGGCUUGGGACAGCAGCUGUCAUUGUCAUGGACAAAUCGGUAAGGCUAGUCCCUUGGCCCCUACUGCUCUGUAAUCCUGCUUCAUGAGUCUUCACCUUCUUCUCUUACCUUAGACAGAUAUAGUUCGAGCCAUCGCCCGACUCAUUGAAUUCUACAAACAUGAGAGCUGUGGGCAGUGCACACCAUGCCGAGAAGGUGAGUGUUGAAGCAGAAGGUCACCCUGGAGUUCCUCCCCAGAUCAGGAAUUUGGGACAGUCUAUAAAUCCAGACCUCUUGGCAUAUGCAAGCCCUGAUUAAAGUGUGGGGAGGAAAACUGAUGCUUAAAGAUCUCUGGAAAGCAAAACAACUUUCCUAGGAUAUUGACAACAGGCCUGUAGUUCAGUAUGCAAACUUCAUUUACUCUUUCUUUUUUUUUUGGUCCAGCAUUGUGCUGUGACUUGAUGUAUGGUCUGUUUCUUCUCUCUGUGACUACCUAUCUUUUCAUAAGCAUUGGAGUUGCCUCUGAUUCUUUUGAAACUGAUUCCCUCUGUGCAGGUGUUGACUGGAUGAACAAGGUGAUGUGGCGUUUUGUGAAAGGCAAUGCACAAGUGGCAGAGAUUGAUGCACUUUGGGAGAUUAGCAAGCAAAUUGAGGGCCAUACAAUCUGUGCCCUGGGAGAUGGGGCUGCUUGGCCUGUACAGGUAAUUCUCUCAACCUUCUCUUUAGCUUGUGAAGAAUGUGCUGAAGAAUCUUGUGGUUUUGCUUGAGACAGUAUAUGCUAGAAUCUGGAUGUUUAAUUGGCAAAGGGAUGUAUGUAUAUCUAGAGGUGUGCGUUCUGCUAAUUCCUAGUUCCUUCUUACAGGGAUUGAUUCGUCACUUCCGUCCAGAGCUGGAGGAACGGAUGAGACAGUACAGUGAAUCUAAGGUGCAGCAGGCAUCUGGGUAAACACCUAACUGAAGUCACCCCUUUAUACAUUUGACUGUAUAAAAAACAUUCACGUGAAGACAGGCCAAGCUCUGCUUUGGCUUGGGCAUUGAGAGCAGUGUGCUUCCUUGAUUUGCGUCAGAUGGGUGACAACCUACUUCAGUUACUGUUCUGCUUUGCUUUCUUAAAACGCACAUUAUCUAUUAAAUGGUUGUGACUUACUUCUUGUCUGUUGGGUACUUUUCAAGCAUAGGGAAAAUAAAGUGGAUAGUUGCAUGUUUUUUGAAUUGUUUUAUAUUUCUUAAAGUUGUUCAAGGGUUAAAAAAGGGGGGGGGAGCUUCUGUAUUUCUUUGUCAAAAAAGCAUCCUUUAAUCAAGGCACUUGGAUUUAUGUGCACACAUCUUCCUGCUGAACACAUCCACACCAUCUUACAUUCCUCUUUGCAUCAAGCAGUAGAAAGAGAUGGUGGAAUCCUGAGAUCAUAAAGUGGAUUGCACCACUCAGAUUGUAGAGGUGGGAUGCUAUUUUUGAAUUGCACCAUUGGAAGGGACCAUAAGGGUCAUCUAGUCCAGCGCCCUGCAAUGUAGGAAUUUUGUACCCAAUGUGGGGCUCAAACCCAUGGCCCUGAGAGUGUUUGCUACAAGUAGAAAUUGAGCACAUCAGUGAGAAAUGUUCCAGCCAAGCUCACUCCUUGAUGUAUGAGGGCUUUAAAAAAAAAUAGAAGGGAAAAUUCAAAAGUUUUACCUCCCAUCUGCAUACCUCAUUCUGCUGUAUUUCUAGACAGCAGCACUUAAGAGCUGCAUGUUCCUGAAAUAAAACUCCAGUUAUCCAGUAUGUUGGACUAAUAAGGAAGAACCAGGUCUAUGUAUUCAAACAACAUAUAUUCUCAGUUGUUAUGUAUGCCUUAGCUUUUGAUCAGGUCACCUGUUGCUCCAUGCAGAUAUUCCAUUGAGCUAUUGAAGUGGGAAGAGUAUAGGUGACUUCAUUUGGUUUCAUUUCAAUAGAAGAAGGGGGGUAGCAGCAAAAAGCCAGGACCCACAAUCCUGAGAUGAGAAAACACGGGCUAUGCAAAGAAAAUGUGUAAAGAUAAUCCUUGGGGUGGCACUAUUUGCAAUUUUCAAUAUGGCCUAGCACAGUUCUAAGGAGCUAGACACCACCGUGGGAGCAGGGCCAGGGCGGGAGAGUGCUAGAGCUCUGUCUGGUCAAGUUGCAUGGAAUCAAUUUCAAUCCGUUACCCCCGAGGAUGUGGACAGGCUGCUUGGACGCGUGAAAGCAACCACCUGUCUCCUUGAUCCUUGCCCAUCCUGGCUAAUAAAAGCAAGCCGGGAAGGGCUGGGCGAUGGGCUCUGCGGGGUGGUGAAUGCUUCCCUCUGUGAGGGAACAUUCCCAGAUCCGCUGAAAGAGGCGGUCAUUAAACCGCUUCUUAAAAACCAUCUUUAGACCCGGCCAGUAUGGCCAACUAUCGCCCAGUCUCAAAUCUUCCAUUCUUGGGCAAGGUGAUUGAGCGCGUGGUUGCUGAACAACUCCAGGCACGCCUGGAGGAUGCGGACCAUUUGGAUCCCUUCCAAUCGGGAUUCAGGCCUCACCAUGGGACUGAAACUGCCUUGGUCGCGCUGGUUGAUGAUCUCCGGCGAGCUAGGGACAAAGGUGAGAGUUGUUUCCUGGUUCUGCUGGAUCUCUCAGCGGCCUUUGAUACAAUCGACCAUAACAUCCUUCUGGACCGUCUAGAGGGGCUGGGAGCUGGGGGCACUGUUAUACAGUGGUUUCGCUCCUUCCUCCUGGGCCGUGUUCAGAAAGUGGUGGUGGGGAUGAGUGUUCAGAGCCCUGGGCCCUCACUUGUGGGGUGCCUCAGGGUUCCGUCCUCUCCCCAUGCUUUUUACAUCUAUAUGAAGCCGCUGGGAGAGAUCAUCAGGGGAUUUGGACUGGGUGUCCAUCAAUAUGCAGAUGAUACCCAGCUCUACCUCUCUUUCAAAUCAGAACCAGUGAAGGCGGUGAAGGUCCUGUGUGAGUGCCUGGAGGCGGUUGGAGGAUGGAUGGCGGCUAAUGGAUUGAAGUUGAAUCCUGACAAGACAGAAGUAUUGUUUUUGGGGGACAGGGGGCGGGCUGGUGUGGAGGACUCCCUGGUCCUGAAUAUGGUAACUGUGCCCCUGAAGGACCAGGUGCGCAGCCUGGGAGUCAUUUUGGACUCACAGCUGUCCAUGGAGGCGCAGGUCAAUUCUGUAUCCAGGGCAGCUGUCUACCAACUCCACCUGAUACGCAGGCUGAGACCCUACCUGCCCGCGGACUGUCUCGCCAGAGUGGUGCAUGCUCUAGUUAUCUCCCGCUUGGACUACUGCAAUGCGCUCUACGUGGGGCUACCUUUGAAGGUGACCCGGAAGCUACAAUUAAUCCAGAAUGCGGCAGCUAGACUGGUGACUGGGGGCGGCCGCCGAGACCACAUAACACCGGUCUUGAAAGACCUACAUUGGCUCCCAGUACGUUUCCGAGCACAAUUCAAAGUGUUGGUGUUGACCUUCAAAGCCCUAAACGGCCUCGGCCCAGUAUACCUGAAGGAGCGUCUCCACCCCCAUCGUUCUGCCCGGACGCUGAGGUCCAGCACCGAGGGCCUUCUGGCGGUUCCCUCAUUGCGAGAAGCAAAGCUACAGGGAACCAGGCAGAGGGCCUUCUCGGUAGUGGCGCCCGCCCUGUGGAACGCCCUCCCAUCAGAUGUCAAAGCGAUAAAUAACUACCUGACAUUUAGAAGGCAUCUUAAGGCAGCCCUGUUCAGGGAAGCUUUUAAUCUGUGAUAUUUUACUGUAUUUUUUGUUUCUAUGGAAGCCACCCAGAGUGGCUGGGGAAACCCAGCCAGAUGGGCGGGGUACAAAUAAUAAAUUAUUAUUAUUAUUAU